AUGGCCAGUCGCGGAGAUCGCUGGGAACGGGAUCGCCUGGAUCGGGACCGCUUUGUCGGCGAGAGAGAAGAGGUUCGUGAGCGGGAUCGCUUCGAAGAAGAUCGCUUUAUGAGCGGCGGGCGGGGUGGCCGUGAUCGCUCCGAGGAGCGCCUUGGCAGCAGAUACGGCCGGUCAUCCUACGAAGAUGAUAUUGUCCGUGAUCGCCGGUACUACGAAGAUGACAUCCGCCUUGAUCGCCGUUCAGAUCCUCGACGGGAGCCUCUCCGGGACCCCCUCCGAGACCCCCUCCGAGAUCCCCUCCGAGAUCCCCUCCGAGAUCCCCUCCGAGAACCUCUUCGAGAACCUCUUCGAGAGUCUUCUGAACGCCGUACCAUGUUUGUCGAAAAGGAACGCGAUCGCGAGUACUACCGUGACUCUUCGCCUCGACGCCCAGGGCUGAUGCGCCGCCAAUCAUCCCUUGAUACAUAUGACCGUCGACCACUGCCCAGAUUUUUCGACCAGCGAGAGGAACUUCCAGCGCCGGCCCGCCGCGAGGACAUUCUCCGUGAAGACUACCGGGCCCCGGCAUAUACACCUAUUCCUCUUCCCAAGGCCCGCGGCCUGCCGCCUCGACAAUAUGACGAACGCUUCUAUGAAGAUAUCCACGUUGAGCACGAUCGAAUUGGAGAAGGCAUCCCGGCCGCCCCGGUCAUCCCUCCAGAGCGCAUCGUCGAACGAGAGAUUAUUCGAGAGAAGGAAAAGGAAAAGGAGAAGCGCAGCCGCAGCCGAGAUUCCCGCUCUACUAAACGAAGCCACUCCCACAAGCGCAGCCACCGAGGCAGAUCUCACGCAUCCAAAUCUUCUACCCGGUCUUCCAGUAGCAGCAGCAGCAGUAGCAGCAGCAGCGGUGGCACCACAGUCAAGAGCACCAAGAGCGAGUAUCCAAAGAAGGGCAAGACCAGAAUUCCUGCUAGAUUAGUGUCUAAGCGGGCGCUGAUUGACGUCGGCUACCCUUUUAUUGAAGAAGGCAAUGUCAUUGUCGUUCAAAAGGCUCUAGGACAAGCCAAUAUCGACCACCUGCUUAAACUGAGUGAAGAGUACAAGUCAAGUGAACUUGAAGUUGCCGCUGCUCGAUCCUCAGCCGGCGAGAUCAUCCGAGAGCGCAGAGAGGAGCUCAUCAUCGAAGCACCAGCACCUCCGCCCCCACAGACGAUUUAUGCGCCUCCGCCUCCACAGUCGGUUUAUGCUCCGCCUCCAGGUCCUCCACCAAUUCCAGCUCCAGCUCCAAUUCUAGUUCCUGUGCACGCUGGGCACUCUGGGCACCCAGCACCCGUCAUCAUCGAGGCUGUGCCUCGUGGAGGAGUUGAAUUGAUUGACAAGACCGUCUACCGCGAUGAUAAAAGCGUGUACUAUGACGACAAGUCAGUAUACCGAGAUGACAAAACCAUCAUAUACCGAGACUACUCGCCAUCAUCGCGCGGCCGGAAAAGCAGGAGCCGCUCUCACUCCCACCACCACCAUCAUCUCAGCGACGACUACCAGCUAGUGGAGCGCCAUCGUUCACGAACACGAUCGCGCAGCGGAAAGGACAUUCGCUCCGAAAUCAAAGCUCUCGAAAAGGAGCUUGCCUACCGAGGCAAACGAGACCUUGACCGCGAGGUCGUCCGAACCGAGAGACUCCCCAACGGAGACUUUGUGACGUACGAAGAAUCGAUUGAGAAGAUUUCGUCCCACAAGCCGGCGCGUAUCGAGAAGGACAAGAAAGGUAGGAUGUCCAUCAGCGUGCCAAAAUACCGAUGA